UGACUGUUGAUGUUGUUUCUUUUAUGUUUGUUUCUUGUGCCUUGUGUUGCCUGCUCAUGAAUCGCCGUCAUUUACAUUACGCACACACAGAUACACACUAGCCAAUACAUAUAAUGCGCGAUCGUCUUGCCUCUUUGAUUGUGGUGAAGCAAGAGGCGACGGCGCCGGUAAGCCACUCCUACAACAGCAAUAACAACAGCAAUAGCAACAAUAACAAUAACAAUAACAAUAAUAGUAGACUCAUUGAAAAUGAACAAAUGCUGCCACAGCAGCCACAUCAAACAGUGAAACUUUUGCUGCCAUCGCCGGCCAUCAAGUGUCAGGAGUCCUUGUAUACACUGCCCUACGAGAGCAACAUCUACUAUGAGGUCAAUAACAACUCCUACUAUAGGCAGAAUCUGAACACUGAUUCGAAGUGCGUAACUUUUCCGGCAGCGAUCUAUCCCUGUCGCAACCUCUUUCCCGACGGCUGCGAUAUUGGACAUUUGGGCUGCUCAGCCGGCUCCUCCGUCUCCUCCGGCUUACUUUGCACGCAGCAUUUGCCAGGCUCUGCAGGGCUCCACUCGAAUAACAGUAGUUGUUGGCACAGUAACGGAACACAGACUUGUGCAGAAACUGAAACAACAGCAACGGAAAAUCGUGACACGCUACCCACAAAGUCAACCGAGCAAAGCGUGAGGCAUAUCCAGAAAGUCGGCAAGCCGAAGAGCUUGAAGGCUGAACGAAUAUCUGCAGUUAGAUCUACAAAAGGCGAUACUAAAGUUACAGGUGCGACAAUUGAAACAACAGCAACAAAAGCUACAUCAACAACAACACCAUCUGCAGCAUCACCUAAAAGCAGCCAUCCGAGGCUCCAUAGCCCAGCGACCACAAGCAUGUUACUUUUGCAGCCCAAUAGCUCCUUUAGUUCACUUUCGUCGUUCGACAACUUUUCAACGCAAGCCGUGGCAACGACAACAACCACGUCCACAGUAGCUGCCGUCGCGCCUGGUGCUGGACAUCAUCAUCACAAUCGCCAUCAGUAUCACAAUCAUCAUCAGCAGCAAGCGCUACAGCAGCAGCAGCAAGCGCAGCAGCAGCAGCAGUUGCUCACGCAGCACCAGCACUUACCGGUGCCCACGUCAAGCCAGGUGACAUUGCUGUCCCAUGAGGAGGAUCAGUUGAUAAGCAACCUAGCCGAUGCGGCCGUCACGCAUAGCGAGCUGUUCUCGGACUUGUUUUUUCCAUCGGACUCGAACAAUUCGCUGCUCUCGCCAGUUCUUGAGAGAUCGGUCGCCAGCUAUCCAGACACGCAGAUUGAUGUGCCCCCGUCCAGUGAGGCGCUGAUUGGCAGCAGCGAGGAUAUCACCAGUUCCAUUGAGAAUCUCACGAAGCUGACAUGCCUGCGCGAUAAGCGGUUGCCCUCAACGCAAGACCAGCCGCCCUCUAACAGUAACGGCAGCGCAGGCUCCGAGCAGGAUCAUCACUCGAUUUGCCUGCUCAGUCUUCGGUCUAGCAGCGAUCCCGCUAUCGCACUUCACACUCACCAACAACAGCAACUGCAGCAACAGCCGCUCCAGGCCACCUAUCUGCAGCGACACGGCACCAGCGACCUCCUGAUCUCACCCAUUGGAGGACCACUCUCCUGCGGCAGUAGUUUACCCAGCUUCCAGGAAACCUACUCUCUCAAAUACAACAGCAGCAGCGCCAACAGUCCAAAACAGGCCUCCCCUUCAGCUACUGCCACGCCAUCCGACCAGAUCUUGACUCUAAAAAUGGACGAAGACUGCUUUGCGGAUGUAAUGGCUGACCUAAACACCGACCAUGCUUCAGGGCAGUCGCUGCACCAGCUACAAGCUCAGCCACCUCGGCCCAACAACGCCAACAACAGCAGUAGCAACAGCAGUGGAUACAAUUACCAUGGUCACUUCAAUGCCAUCAAUGGCACUUCCCAUCCCUCACCCAGCUCAUCAGCAAGCUCGCUCUAUGAAUACAGCGGUGUGGCUCACAGCGACAGUUUCUUUGGACAGCAGCAGCAGCAACAGCAGCAGCAGCAGCAACAGCAACAGCAAACCUAUCAACACAUGAAUUACAGCUCGCACAACGGCGAACGUUAUUCCCUGCCCACGUUUCCCACCAUUUCCGAGAUGGAGGCGGCCACCGCAGGAAGUAGCGGCGCUCCUGGCUCAGGCUUGAGCACAGGCUCUGCUGUGGUUGUCCCACCCAUGCGCCGAGCCUCGUUGCCCAUACAGCGCUCCGUUUCUCCCGCUUCUGCCGCGCACAGCCCCAAAGUGGCUAAGCUGGCGCUAGUUGGCACUAGAAGCACUCAUGCCAUCAAUGCGCUGCAGAUACAACUAAGCUCGGCACCCAACUCCACUGCAAACUCACCUGUGAGCGGGGGUGGCGCUGACUUUCUGCACAGCCAGGCAGGACGUUUGCUUCAGUCGACCAAUUCCUCGCAGUUGUGCGCCGUGUGCGGAGAUACGGCUGCCUGCCAACAUUACGGAGUUAGAACCUGCGAGGGCUGUAAAGGAUUCUUCAAGCGAACCGUGCAGAAGGGCUCCAAGUAUGUAUGCCUGGCGGAUAAGAGCUGCCCGGUCGACAAGCGAAGACGGAAUCGUUGCCAAUUCUGUCGCUUUCAAAAGUGCCUGGUGGUUGGCAUGGUCAAGGAAGUAGUGCGCACGGACUCACUGAAGGGCCGCCGUGGACGUCUACCCUCAAAGCCAAAGUCACCGCAGGAGUCUCCCCCAUCGCCGCCCAUAUCGUUAAUAACUGCUCUAGUGCGAAGUCACGUGGACACAACACCAGAUCCCUCGUGCUUGGACUAUUCCCACUACGUGGAGCCACAGGAUUCGGUGACGCCGCCAACUCUUGCGAACCCCCUAGGGUUGAGCGAGGCCGAAAAGGUUCAGCAGUUCUACCAACUGCUGACCAGCUCGGUAGAUGUGAUCAGGCAAUUCGCUGAAAAGAUUCCCGGCUAUUUGGAGCUCACAUCCGAGGACCAAGAGCUUCUGUUCCAAUCCGCCUCGCUGGAGCUGUUUGUGCUACGGCUCUCUUAUCGUGCUCGCAGUGACGAUACAAAGAUGAUCUUCUGUAACGGCACUGUGCUACAUCGUACCCAGUGCCAGCGUUCGUUUGGCGACUGGUUAAAUGGUAUCAUGGAGUUCAGCCGCAGCCUGCACAAUCUGGAGAUUGACAUCUCUGCCUUCGCCUGCCUCUGCGCCCUCACGUUGAUAACAGAACGGCACGGACUUCGGGAACCCAAAAAGGUGGAACAACUACAAAUGAAGAUAAUCGGCAGUCUACGUGACCAUGUUACCUACAACGCGGAGGCUCAAAAGAAACAGCAUUACUUCAGUCGCCUGUUGGGCAAACUGCCCGAGUUACGCUCCUUGAGCGUACAGGGACUGCAGCGUAUAUUCUAUCUAAAAUUAGAGGAUCUGGUGCCAGCCCCGGCACUUAUUGAGAACAUGUUCGUUACUACGUUGCCCUUUUAGGCGCCAUAACUUUGCUUCCUUUAUGUUUACAUAGCUCUUAAUACGGUAGAUUACGUAAAUAGAAUAUCGCAUUGAAUAUUUAACAAUCCAGCGUGUACAUAGCUCUAAGCGAUCUCAAUGAACGUGAGACUCAGAUGCUUGCAAUAAAAGAAAAAGAAAAGUGCUAGAGUGCUAGAUUGAAUGUAGAUAGAUAGAAGAAUCUAUAUAAUUAAAUUUGCAUCAGUUCAUAUCUAGUAGCAUGCGUAUGAUCGACCCGCCCCUUAACCCUACAUCUCCUUAUUCGUAGACCUACAGGUCCUAUUGCUUGGUACAGGUACAACAACUAACCGUUGGCCACUGACCAGUGCGUAAUGAGAGUUGCUCAUGAAUAUUUAAGCAGUGUUUCAAGUCGAAGCUAUUCGUGACUUGUCAGCCACACAGAAAGAAAGAAUUCACAACUUGUUGACGUUAAUUGUUAAAUUGUUUAAUUUCAAACCGUCAAAAUCAAUGCGCGCAGCACGCACAUCCACCCAUACAUCCGAUACCGUAACCGUUACCCCCUUACACUAUACAUUGGCCCUUUCUUGUACCCUUUUUCCCAUUCCGAUUCCGAUUCUUGCUUGCCUUCGAGUACAAAUCAGAGCUCUUUCAUGCAGUAUCCACUCUCGCCGUUAGCUUACUUCUAGUCAAUCGUAUUAAGUACCAGAUGCGCAUAACUAAUGGUUACAAACAUGCUUCUUAAUUAAAAAAAAAAUAUAUAUAUAUAUAUUUUUGAUUCUUUAAAGUCUAGAACUAGACAUAUAGGCAAAUACGAUAUAUAUGGUACGUAGAUACACUCCUUACAUUUUGGUUGUCAUCCAUUAUGUCUCGGUUGGAGCCUUUAUCGCACGACUUGGUGCACAAAGAGAGAGUUUAAGUACCUUUAUGUGAUUUGUGUCUGACACAUACAGCGCUGCACACAAACUCACAAACUAAGAUUUAAUAAUUGAUAAGAGCAUAAGUAUUGCAUAGUCUAAGCUAUAUGUAAGCUUUCUAAUAAUCUGUUAACUAUGAUACACUUGAAUGAUAAAAAUUAAAUGUAAAUUCAAAGUUAAGAAAAUAUUAGAUGAUAGCAAUGUUCUCUCAAAGGAUUGAGUUUUUCUUUCAAUUUCGAUUCAUAGCCUUCAAUUGUGGUUUUGUGAUAAAUUGGCAGUUAAAUCUACAUAUAUAUCUUUAUAUUUACAACUUGUAUAUUAUUUAUCUUAAACUUAUAUUUUAUACCAUAUACA